AUGCUUGCCAGCUUAAACGACCCGUAUUCCCGGUUCGUCUCGCCUAAGCAAUUCGCGGCAUUAGCUAAGUACGACGUUACUGGAAUCGGGCUGAACAUUGGCGAGGAUGUGGAGGACGGGCGUGUGAAGCUGAAAGUGGUGGGGAUCGUGCUCGGCUCGCCAGCACAGCUAGCAGGCGUGCGGCAAGGGGAUGAGCUCGUUUCAGUGGAUGGCACGAGCGUGCAGGGCAUGUCCGCAUUCGACGUAUCUUCGCUCAUUCAGGGCCCCAAGGGCACCCCGGUAACCGUUGCCAUUCGCCACGACUCGUGCUCCCCUAUAGAGUCCCUCACUAUGUCACGCACUAGCGAAGUGCAGUCGCCCGUGCUUUACCGCCUCGACCGAAACGACCCCAUCUCUCCUCUGGGGUUAUUUCAGGACUUCUCCUCUGCUGCUUCCUCCUCCUCCUCCCCCUCUCCCUCCGCUUCCUCCUCCUCUUCCAUGUUCUCUUCGGUGUUUUCCUCCUCUGCCCCAACUGGCCCUGUUGGUUACAUUCGGCUCAAGGAAUUUAAUGCGGCGGCAAAACGUGACGUGGUAACCGCAAUCCAACGGCUAGAAGCAGCCGGGGCGACAUCUUUUGUCCUCGACCUACAGGACAACCCGGGCGGGCUCGUGCAAUCGGGGGUAGAAAUCGCGAAACUCUUCCUCGAGCGAGGGCAAACCGUGGUCUACACCGAGGCCCGCCCGGGUGAUUUACCCCAGAAAAGAAGCAUCGAAGCCACGGGGAAACCGCUCACCCGUGCCCCUCUAACGGUCCUGGUGAACGGCCGAACGGCCAGUGCCAGCGAGAUUGUCGCCGGUGCGUUGCAUGACAACUGCCGAGCGGUUUUGGUCGGCUCGAGAACCUUCGGAAAGGGGCUGAUUCAGAGUGUGUAUGAGUUGAAUGACGGGUCGGGGAUGGUGGUGACGGUGGGCAAGUAUGUGACUCCUGGACUGGUGGAUAUCGAUGGGAACGGCAUUGCAGCUGAUUUCAGAAGGAAGCCGAGCGGGGAUAUGGCGCGAUGGAAGCUCGCUAACUGCAAGGCGCCCAGCUCGUAG